AUGCAGCGCCUCUAUUGGUUGGAGGGAGUGAGGCUGCUUCUUCCCCUACUGCUGCUGAGCUUGCAUUUCCAGUGGAUCCAUUCAAGAUCUUCUCACCACCACCGGGAAUCCCAUCGCCAUACGCGAGCGCCCACGGACAUCAUGCUGGCCGUGAUCCUGCCCAGGAACAACACCUCGUACCCUUGGGCUUGGCCCAGAGUUGGUCCCGCACUGGAGCGAGCCAUUAACAUCAUCAACGCAGACCCCUCGCUCCUGCCGGGCUAUAACCUGCGCUACGUUUUUGAGAACAGCGAGAACGACGAAGGCGUCUGCUCGGAGUCGAUCGCUCCUCUGAUGGCUGUCGACCUCAAGUUCACCUAUAACCCUUGGGCCUUCAUAGGACCUGGGUGCGACUACACGUCCUCUCCCGUGGGCCUUUUCACCACCCACUGGGAUAUUCCCAUGGUGACGGCCGGAGCACCUGCCGUGGCCUUCCUCAGCACUGGCUCGUACCACUCGAUCACAAACACGGGGCCCACGCACAAGAAACUAGGCGAGUUUGCGCUGCACCUCUUUCGAUAUUUCGAGUGGAGUCAGCACGCUCUGCUCAUGUUCAGCGACAGCAAGAUGACCGAUCGUGCGUGUUACUUCGCGGUGGAGGGCCUGUACACAGAGCUGCAUUUUGAGAACAUCACCACCGCCGACCUGGUGUUUGAGGAAGACAGCGGCUUUGUCAACCACUCUGAUAACCUCCACAAGAUCGUCCAGAACGGCAGAGUGGUGUUUGUGUGCUGUUCUCCGGACGUCUUUCGUCAGCUGAUGGUGCAGUUCCGGAAAGCGAAGUUACCUCACAACGAGUUCGUCUUCUUCUACAUUGACAUUUUUGGACGCAGCCUUGAAUCCCACCCCGUUCAGCCCUGGGCCAGGGGAGACUCUGAUGAUGAAAUUGCUAAAAUUGCCUACCAGCAUGUGAAGAUCCUGACCUACCAUGAGCCACAGAACCAAGAGUACAAAGACUUUGUGAGAGACCUCAAAGCUGAUGCCAAAACAAAGUUCAACUUCACUGUUGAUGACUCUCUGAUGAACAUCAUCUCUGGAGGCUUCUAUGAUGGCCUGAUGCUAUACAGUCAUGCCUUAAAUGAAACCAUGGCUGAAGCAAAGGGCAUACCACCUGGAGGUACGGUCACCAGGAGGAUGUGGAACCGCACCUUCUAUGGGGUAACUGGGUUGGUGCAAAUAGAUAAGAAUGGCGACCGUGAGACGGAUUUUGCUCUUUGGGACAUGACUGACAUUAGCAGCAGCAUCUUUCAGAUAGUGGCUGUUUACAACGGCACACAGAAGCAGAUGGCAACAUUGCCUGAAAUGAAAAUCCAGUGGCCAGGAGGCACUGUUCCUCUCAACAUUCCUUUCUGCGGUUUUAAAAAUGACAACCCUGCCUGCCUGGGGAAGACCAUCACAAUGUACCAGAUGGUAGUCACUGUGGUGUUCUUCAUUCUCAUCAUCAUCCUUACCAUCACAGUUUUUAUAUACAGGAAGCUGAAGUUAGAGAAGGAACUGGUGGCUCAGCUCUGGAGGAUCUCCUGGGAAGAUAUCCAGAUGGGUAAUCUGGAGAAAGCUCUACGCAGCACAGGCAGCAAACUCACACUCUCCCUGAAAGGCUCCAACUAUGGCUCUCUUAUGACAGGUGACGGCAAUUUUCAAGUGUUUGCCAAGACUGGCUACUUCAAGGGAAACAUCAUUGCAAUUAAAUACGUCAACAGGAAACGUAUUGAGCUGACACGAAAGGUCCUUUUUGAGUUGAAACACAUGAGAGAUGUCCAGAAUGAACAUCUGACACGUUUUAUUGGUGCAUGCAUUGACCAUCCCAACAUCUGCAUCAUCACCGAGUACUGCUCUCGCGGAAGCCUGCAGGAUAUUUUGGAGAAUGAGAGCAUCACCUUGGACUGGAUGUUCAAAUAUUCUCUAAUAAAUGACAUAGUGAAGGGAAUGGCCUUUCUUCAUAACAGUGUGAUUGUCUCCCAUGGCAACCUCAAGUCUUCAAACUGUGUGGUGGAUAAUCGGUUUGUUCUGAAGAUCACAGACUACGGUCUCUCCAGCUUCCGCACGGAGUCUGACGCAGAGGAUGCCCACUCAUACUACGCCCGGAAGCUGUGGACGACACCAGAGUUGUUGAGGAUGGAGAACCCGCCGGCCAGUGGCACUCAGAAGGGAGAUAUUUACAGCUUUGGCAUCAUUCUGCAAGAGGUAGCCCUGAGAAAAGGAGCUUUCCACCUGGAGGGAGAGUCCCUUAGCCCCAAAGAGAUCAUUGACCGCGUGGCUUUGGGGGAGUGGCCGUACCUGCGCCCGUCGGUCGACACCCAGGUGCACAGCGAGGAGUUGGGCCAGCUGAUGCAGCGUUGCUGGGCAGAGGAGCCCACUGAGAGGCCAGAAUUCAACCAGAUUAAAGUGCUUCUGCGCAAGCAGAACAGAGAGCACAGCACUAACAUCCUGGAUAACCUGCUGUCCCGAAUGGAGCAGUAUGCUAAUAACCUGGAGGAGUUAGUGGAAGAAAGGACGCAAGCCUAUCUGGAGGAGAAACGCAAAGCAGAGGCCUUGCUCUACCAAAUCCUCCCUCACUCUGUGGCUGAACAGCUGAAGAGAGGGGAGACCGUCCAGGCUGAAGCCUUUGACUCUGUCACUAUCUACUUCAGCGACAUUGUGGGUUUCACUGCCCUCUCUGCUGAAAGCACACCGAUGCAGGUUGUCACCCUGCUUAAUGACCUCUACACUUGUUUUGAUGCCAUCAUAGACAACUUUGAUGUUUAUAAGGUGGAGACAAUAGGGGACGCCUAUAUGGUGGUGUCAGGACUCCCGGUACGAAACGGGAAGCUCCAUGGUAGGGAGAUCGCCCGUAUGUCUCUAGCUCUACUGGAGGCUGUGCGCUCUUUUAAAAUCCGCCAUCGGCCCGACCAGCAGCUUAAACUACGCAUUGGCAUCCACAGCGGCCCUGUAUGUGCAGGUGUGGUAGGGCUGAAGAUGCCAAGAUAUUGUCUGUUUGGAGACACAGUGAACACCUCCUCUCGUAUGGAAUCCAGCGGAGAACCUUUGAAGAUUCAUGUGUCUGCAGCCACGCGUGAUGUGCUGCAGGAAUUCAACUGUUUCCAGCUGGAGCUGCGUGGGGACGUGGAAAUGAAAGGCAAGGGCAAGAUGAGAACUUACUGGCUGCUUGGGGAAACCAAGAGCAGUGAAUGA